UAAAAAGAGUGUAUAUAUCAGUACAAUUAUUUAUGUUUUAUAUGUAUAACUCUUAGACAACGAAACGAAUUAGCGGACCGACAAAAGGCAAGUUGUCGGAGUGAAUCAUCUCAUUCAUGUGUAGUCUUUGUCGUGGGUCUGUGCCGCGGAUGACAACAGUCCAGCUCGUCGCAAAAACAGCAGCAGCGGCGGCGGCGGCGGCGGUAGCGUGCCUAUCAGUGCAGCGAUACAGGGGAGGUGCAGCGGACCGGAGGAAGGAGAGAAGAAGGAUUUACGGAGACCCGUCCAAGCAUGGCUACCCAAACGACAGCAUCAUGCACUGGAUCCACUCUGUUGCAGCCACUCAGCGACAUUAUCAAUCUCCCUCUCGAUCAGGUUAACUUUGUCGCGUGUCAGCUGUUUGCCCUGCUGAUGGCCGUGUGGUUUCGGAUCUACCUCCAUCCCAGUAAGACCAGCCCGUUCAUCAGACAUGUGGUGGCAACUCUGUUGGGCUUCUAUUUGGCUCUGUUCUGCUUUGGCUGGUAUUCCCUCCAUUUUCUGGUGCAGAGUGGGUUGUCGUAUGGUGUGAUGAUCUUUGCUGGUCUGGAACACAUGCACAAAUACUGCUUCAUUGUGACGCUUGGCUAUCUGAUUGUGUGUCAGAUCACACGCGUCUACGUUUUUGACUAUGGGAUGUACUCUGCAGAUUUUACAGGACCCAUGAUGGUUAUAACGCAGAAGAUCACCAGCAUGGCGUUUGAAAUCCAUGACGGUUUGGCCAAGAAAGAAUCCCAGCUGACUCCCAAUCAGAAAUACCUAGCUAUCAGUCGAAUGCCCAGCUUGCUAGAAUACCUGAGCUACAACUGCAACUUCAUGGGCAUCCUGGCAGGACCCACGUGCUCUUACAGAGACUACAUGGACUUCAUCGAAGGGACCUGCUACCAAGCACGCCACCAGGAGAACGCCAACGGCAAGGAGAACGGGAAAUUCAAGCAGAGUGAACCCUCGCCCAAGAAUGACGUCAUCUCCAAGCUGUGCACAUGUGCCAUCUCACUUGCCGUCUACCUGUCGCUGUACAAGCUGCUGCCGGUGGACUACUCCAUCGACGACUACUUCGUCAAAUCCACUCCCUUCUAUCUCCAGGUCAUCUACCUUUACCUGGCGAUGUUGGCGCUGAGGCCAAAGUACUAUUUUGUCUGGACUCUUGCUGAUGCGAUCAACAAUGCCGCCGGGUUCGGCUUCAAUGGAUACAACAAAGAUGGCUCCCCGCGGUGGGAUCUGAUCUCAAAUCUUAGAAUUCUGGAUAUUGAGUUUGCCACAAGUUUCAAGCUGUUUUUGGAUAAUUGGAAUAUUCAGACAGCUCUUUGGCUAAAAAGAGUUUGCUAUGAGCGCUGUCCGGUCAACCCCACAGCCGCCACCUUCCUCCUGUCAGCCAUGUGGCACGGGGUCUACCCGGGUUACUACAUGACUUUUGUCACUGGCAUUGGCAUGACCAUGGCUGCUCGUGCAGUGAGACACAACAUCAGACCGUACUUCCUGGUCUCUGAUUCACACAAGUUAGUCUAUGAUGUCAUCACGUGGGCGUGCACGCAGGUCGCCAUUAGUUACACGGUGGUCCCGUUUGUCCUCCUCGCUGUGGGGUCAUCACUGAAAUUCUACAGCUCGUGGUACUUCUGCUUACACCUCCUGUGUCUGCUGGUGGUGCUCGCCCUGCCGGUCAAAUCGAAGCGCCGGCAGGCUAAAGAGCUGCAGGAAAGCCAGCGGAAGGACAGCCAGUCAGACCCCAGCAGCACAGACAGCAACUGCAACCAGAAGGACAAGACGUCAUGAGCAGCGGGAGGAGCCGGGGACUGUUUCCAGUCUGUUUACCUGACGAAGAACCAAAAGAAAAGUAAAAAAUAAGAAAAAAAAAAACAAGAAAAGUAUUCUUAUCAGAAAAAAAUCCUGUCACAUCCAGUAGAAAGGAUGACAGAAGUCACACUGACACGGAUAGAAGACCAAGAUGGAGUUUAAGUUAACAAGUAAUCGUGGUUACAUUAAUGGAAAACCUUCAAAGCUGCCUUAAACCCUCUAUGUACUCUGAGUUGGAUUGGACAGCAGGAAACACAGUUACUCGUCAGAUAGAGCGGGGGGGACGCAGUAUGUGGGGGGUUUUUGUCGUCGUCUGGAUUCGAUGGCUGAGAACAGAAGGUGUGUACAAAGAAAAAUAACCUUUAUCAUCAGCUGCCAAUUUCAAAACAGGCCUUAGGAAUACUAAAAUUAUUAUUUAAUAUCUGUCUUUUUAAAAGAAGAGAAAAAAAAUCUUCGAGAAGAUUUCAUGUCGUACGUGUUUUGUAUUUAGAUGUUUGUGAUAACAAUAUUUAAAAAUAACUUUUUUUUGGGAAGGGUGGCAGAGAACUGACAGAAAAGCAGAAAGUAAUUGUCCAUCUCCAGAAACGGGAAAUAAAAGAAAAGAAAAAAAGAACUGGAGUGUUAAUUUUUACAUUUUUCAUAUGCACAGCUUUUCUUUUAUUUUGAAAAAUGUGAGUAAUUGGUGUUUUUCAAAGGGAAUCAAGUGUUUUUUGUUUUUUUUUAGGGAUUUUGAGCUCAGAAAAGUGCUUCAUCUCCUCUCGUUUGUCACAGCACUGGUUUUCAGAUUGCUUCUCGAGUAGAACUACCUAAAACGUCCUUAAAAAGAAUAAAGACCUCAUUGUGAACAUUCUUGACGAUAACUUGCACAGUUUUUGCUAUCAAAUCCUGCAGAAGCCACAUCAAUCUGAUCAGACUAAUCGUCAACUGUUACAAGCCAAAUGAAGUGAUUUCUGUAUUAUUUGAAUUAAAUCCUGACCAGUUGAUUGGGGUAAAAUGGUCUUUCUUACUGUUUUUGCUUCUCCUUUGAGUAUUUUUCAGGGUGCAUUUUACUGUAUGAUGAAAGAAACACUGGUUUCCUCUUGUUCUUAGUAUGUGGCUCACCGUAAGCCUUUCAAAUAUUUUGUUUACUCUUUGAAACACUAGUCCACACAGCCUCCUUUUUAGUUUAUUUGCUACCCUUAUUAAUGAAAAAGUGGAAAUUUAAACCUUAAUUAUCAUUUAAAAUGUUGAGUCAAAGCGAGGCGGCAGAUCUGAGCUGUGAACUGUGCAUUUCUUCGUUUCUUACUAAGACUUUCUAACAUUUGCAUACUCCUGCCAUAACUCUGUCCGUACACCAGUAUUCAUGUGAUCUGUACAUGUGUUUCCAGUAAACAUGUAUCUGUAGCCCGGGCCGUGUGUGGGACGAGGGCCGGCCCACGUGAGGGCGGAGAGAAAGUGACGUUCUACAAACAUAGCAAUUAUUGCACUGCAUGGCCACCCGAACCAACAGAUCAAUGCAAACUGCUCCAUGUGUCCAAAGUGCCAAAUCACAAAUGGCGCAUCUUUGUUUUUGUGUGUACGUGUGGCUGCGUGUGUUGGUGUGCGUGCGCCUGUGUAACAUGAUGGUUAUUUUUCUGUCAGAAGGAAAUUUAUGGAAAGAUUUGUAUAACAGUACAUUAAAAUUCUGAUUUAUGUGGCAAAAAUAAAGAGAAUUAUUUUUAAACACUA